UCAGUUUGAAAUUAGGCGGUGAACGUUAAAGGCGUUAACUAACGGCAAAGAAGAAUUAACGAAAACAAGUGUUUUUUUGUUAGCGGAAGUAGAAUUUCGAAAUUUUUUUUGUUGUUCAUUUUUUUGAGCUUGAAUCAUGCCGAAGUUUGUUAUUCUACUCAUUUUGAUCGGGACAACUACGUUUUUGUGCUCACAAACAGAAGCGAAACCAUUUUUAUUCCUGCCACCGAAUUUCUUCACUUUGACGACGAGAGCGCCUACCACAACGGCUAACUCCUUAUCAACAGCUCCACCGACCAACAAUUUAUUUCAGCUGCCAUUAACUAUCAUUCAACGCAAAUUGAAUUUCAUAACUAAUCUGGUCUCCAGUUUUAUUAGUGGUGGUAACUUACAAUUCGGCCUGAAACUAAAUGCCGGUAUCUCCACUCAAAGACCAAGUACAACCACUGAAAUGUCACCCGCAUCAAGCGCUUUCUUUAGACCGGUAUUGCGCACGACCACUGCAGUAUUAACAAAUGCUCCACAUUCUACUGUCAGCAGCACAGAGAGAACAACAUCGUCGUCAACAACAGCAACAACAACAACAACAGCAAACAGAGAAUUAUCGCCAAUCAAUCCAAAUACUGAGACUUCCGAAGACUAUGAUCAAAAUCAUUCAACAGAAAAAUCAAUAGACAAUAAUUUCGAAAAAGUCGCUUCGACGACAAAUAGGAUUUUGGAUGCUACCACAACCACUGUUGAUGACCUAAAGCCAAUAACAGGUACUAAAAACACGGUUACAACUGAAAAAUAUUCGCUAAACGUUGAUACCACCUCGGAAGAUACUGUGAGUAGUAGGAAAGAAACUACUAGUACUGAGAAGCCAAAUACGGAAAGAGCAGAAAACUCGUUUUUUACCACAACUGAAAAAAUUUCGCUAAACCUUGACUCGACCUCAGAAAAAACCGUGAGUAGUACCAAGGAAACCAGUACCCGGGAGCCAGUGUUUACCGCAAGCACCAAAAGUAUUGAAAACCCAGAGUUUACUACAACAAAAGCUGCUUCUACCGCAGACGGAACGCUUAACAGCAUUAUGAAUAUCAGUACCGCGGAACCCUUAUUUACGGCAAACACAGAAAACGUUCGUACAGAGAUUUCGUCCACCACGGAGGGAGAAUUUUCGAGCACAACAACGGAAACUGUUACGCAACAGCCUUUGCUGAUUGCAACAACAGAACAGAUUUUAAAAGAUUCCACCCCAAAUAGGAUUAUGAUUCUCACCACCGAAGCUCCCUACACCGUUAAACCAACAAUAGUUGCGCAGCAGCCAGUAAUUAGCACAACAACUGAAAAUCUUCUCGAACUCAUUGACUCCACCACCGUUUCAACGCCAACUAGCGGAAGCGUUCUUACAACCGGUUUUGAUGACAAAGUGCAUACAGAGAAGAAGGCGGAAGUAGUGCCGGACACUGUGCAAAGUAGUGAUGAUCGUAAAAAUUCCGGCGGCGUCUCCAGUGAUGGUUAUAAAUACCAAAAGCCACAAGUGAGUGAUGAUGUGGGUAAGGGUAAGGGUUAUGCCUAUAACAGACCGCGUCCAGAUAGUGAGAAUGAACUCUUCAUUGAGAACAUAAGCAGAAUGUACUUACCUGUGCUAUAAGGGGGCGCAGGGUAUGUAAAAACAACUCCAGACGAGUUAUAAAUAAUGUGAUACGAAAUCGAUUAUAUAUAUGUACAUAUGUAUAUCAAUAUAAAUUGUUUAUUCUAAGUUUU